AAGCAACGACCUUCCCCAAUACACAAAUUUUAGCUCAUUGUCUUUUUUUAACUUUGCAAUGAAUGUUCUUAAAAGCUAAAUUCUCUGGAAAAAUGUAAGGAGUUGGACACACGUUAUGCUUUCUUCACUUCAGCUUUAGUUGACUGUAUGUAUAUAUAGGUUGGUCACCCACGAAUCCUCCACCAUUGAACCCUUGAAAGAUAUAAAACUUGUAGUUGGUUACCUACAACAGCCAUCAUUGCAUAGUUUCCCCCUAUAAAAGCCUCACAGUUCCGCCAUCACUACGAUUACAGCAGAAAAAGGGAAGAUGGCAACAUAUCUUGUCUUGGUUGUAGUAGCUAUGCUUUGUGCAGGAGUCACAGCUCAAUCAGGUUGCGCUAGUGUGUUGAUCGGCAUGUCACCCUGUUUGAGUUACAUUACAGGGUCCUCAUCAACCCCAUCUCAACAAUGUUGCACGCAGCUAGCUAAUGUCGUGCGUUCAUCACCGAGAUGCUUGUGCCAGGUCCUUAAUGGUGGUGGUUCAUCAUUUGGGAUCAACAUCAACCAGACUCAAGCUUUGGCCUUACCUGAUUCAUGCAAUGUUCAGACUCCACCUAUCAGCAGUUGUAAUGCUGCUUCUCCAGCUCCAGCAGACUCUCCGGUAGGAUCACCUGAAUCUGGAAGCAAAAUUCCAACAGGAGAUGGAUCUAGAAGUGUACCAACUGCACGGGAGAAUGGCUCAUCUGAUGGAAGCACCACCAAAUUGUCACUCUCUUUGUUCACCUUCCUUCUGUUGGCAACAUCAUAUAGUUCAAUCUUCACAUCACACUGAAUCUUCUCUAGUAUACCCUACCUCUCAUGACACUUCAUGUUAGCAAAAACACUAUAUUGUAUUUUUUUUAUUUGUUAGUGUCCAUUCCCCUUUGGUUGAGGUUACAUGUAAUUUUUUUUAUCCCCUCCACUACUCCAGGGUCCUAUGAUUUUGUAUAGCUGAAGAGAAAUCUGGCUUCUCCUCCCUUCUCAAUAAAAGAUUGCUUGUGAUUACUUCUUCCA